AUGGCUCCCUGGGCGGGGGCUGAGCUCUCCACGCUGAACCCCCUGCGCGUGCUGUGGCUCGCACUGGCCGCCGCCUUCCUGUUGAGCCUGCUGCUGCAGCUGGUGCCGGCCGGCCUGCUCCCAGGCUGCCCGCUUUUCCAGGACCUGAUCCGCUAUGGGAAAACCAAGUGUGCGGGGCCGCAACGCCCAGCCGUGUGCCGGGCCUUUGAUAUCCCCAAGAGGUACUUUUCACAUUUCUAUAUCAUCUCCGUGGUGUGGAAUGGCUUCCUGCUCUGGUGCCUUAUUCAGUCUCUGUUCCUGGGAGCGCCGUUUCCAAACUGGCUUCAUGGUGUGCUCAGGAUUCUGGGGGCUGCCCAGUUCCAAGGAGGUGAGCUGGCGCUGUCUGCGUUCUUAGUAAUGGCAUUUCUGUGGCUGCACAGUUUGCGAAGACUCUUGGAGUGUUUCUAUGUCAGCGUCUUCUCCAAUGGUGUGAUACAUAUCGUGCAGUACUGGUUUGGACUUGCUUACUAUAUCAUCGUCGGCCUCACCGUGCUGAGCCAAGUGCCACUAGACGGUCAGAAUGUCUAUGUAAUAGGGAAAAAUCUCUUGAUGCAAGCGCGGUGGUUCCAUAUCCUCGGGAUGAUGAUGUUCAUCUGGUCCUCUGCCCAUCAGUACAAGUGCCAUGUAAUUCUCAGCAAUCUCAGGAAGAACAAAACAGGAGUGGUCAUUCACUGUAACCACCGAAUUCCAUUUGGAGACUGGUUUGAGUAUGUCUCUUCCCCUAACUACUUAGCAGAGCUGAUGAUCUACAUUUCCAUGGCCGUCACCUUUGGGUUCCACAACAUAACGUGGUGGCUGGUGGUAACAUACGUCUUCUUCAGCCAGGCCCUGGCCGCUUUCCUCAGCCAUAAAUUCUACAAAAGCAAGUUUGUCUCCUACCCAAAACAUAGGAAAGCUUUCUUGCCAUUUUUAUUUUAA